AUGAGUGGCGAUUCUGCUGAUUAUAAUGUCGGAUACCCGAUAUACGGUGCCAAGUUUAUUAAUGAAGACACUUUGUUGGUAGCCGGUGGUGGUGGCCAGUUCAAUUCCUCAUUUCAGAACAAAAUUACCGCGUUGAAGAUUAAUUUCCAGAAAAAGAAACACAUUAGAAGAUUUCGUGAAAUUACUCUAGAAUCGAUUGAUGAUGCGCCAGCUUCACUGGACUGUAACAACAAUCUGAUUUUGAUUGGCUGUAACGAACUGAUUGGCGAGCCUUCCAUGGAGGACGUCAAUCACCACCUGAGAAAAUUUGUUUUUGAACAAGAGCAUUUGAAAUUUGUCGCGAGUAUUGAUUUCAACAGAACCACGGACCCAUCCGUGUUCACUAAGUUUAUAUAUAUAAAUCAAAGUGCCACGGUGGCAGCGAUUGCAUCCUCCGAAGUGCCCACAGUGAUCAGGAUCAUUGACCCCAGAACCUUGACUGAGAAUUACGAAAUUGAAACGGGCAAGGAAGUUAACGAUUUACACUUCGCUCCCAACGGCAUCCUGUUGUCUUAUAUCACUUCCAACUCUUUGGAAGUAGCAUCUGUAAGGGAUGGGAAAUUCGUGGCGAGGAAAACAGAUUUUGAUGAAACACUCAUUCUUUCUAAUGUUAGAUUCCUCAACGAUAAUACACUCUUGGUCGCAGCAUCAUUGUCCAAUUCUGAUGGUGUUUCUUUGUUGAAGCUGGGCGUAAACUCCCAGGGGAUUAAGAUUUUGAAAACUGCAUCGUUUAUGUUUGACUUGAAUGGAAUAACAUCAAUGGAUGUUUCCCCAAACAAAGAGUUCGUUGGGUUGUCCUCUAAUGACAAUUCAAUUGCCAUCAUCAACAUCGGGAAGCUAAAGCUUGCUAAACUAGUGCCAAGAGUGCAUGAAUCUACUAUAACAAGGGUCACCUUCUCUCCAGAUUCCAGGUAUUUGGCAAGCACUUCUAUGGGAAACACAAUCAAUGUGUUGAAACUUUCCAAUAACUCAUCAUCUUUCUUACACAAGGUAUGGAAAUUUUUCGUCAAUUUUGUUUUAUUAGUGGUUUUGGCCGGUGCUGUUCAGCUUGGUUACAAAUAUAAUGUACAUGGACUCCUUUACACAUAUGCCCAAGAUGUGUAUAAAGCCAAGUUCAAAGAGAACAACCGCACACAUGAGGAAUCGUCAUCUUAUUUCACCAUUAACGAUGCUACUAGGGACAUUACCAUAACUGCCGAUAUCGUCAGUGUUACUGAGUUAACAAGAGAUAUCGAUACCGAGCUCUCCUCAUUUGAUACUAGCGCUAUGAUAACAAACAGAGAUGGCGAACCAAGCUCUGUUUGGAUAUCAGCAUCAUCUGUCUUACAGUCAAGUUCGGUAGAUGCACACACAUCGGUCAUUCCAUCAUCUCAUGCUUCUUCGGAAGCUUCUGAAUUUGUUACUGUCAGUGAGGGUUCGGUCUCUUCCAGAUCCCCUGAAAAAAGUGCUACUAAUGAAUCCAUCUUUCUCGAAUCCACUCCAGAGGUCAACAAAUCAAUAACUUCUUCCAUCGUCGAAACAAUACCUGUUUCACCAUCAGCAGAGGUCACACCAUCAUCUUUGGGGUCAGCCGUAGGGUCGCCAGAGUCAUCAUCCUCUUUGGGUGAGAAAACUCAUUCGACCUUCAUUGAACAGCAAUCAGAAGAGCAAAGAACAAUGAAUAGUAUCAACGAAGCUGAAACUACAAGCAGUGAAUUUUCCCUAACAUCAAAACCAACAUCAACAUCAACAUCAACAUCAACAUCAACA